AGGAGAGUGGAGGAAAAAGUCUGGUAGUCUCAGAAACAAACUGCUCUCUAUCUCUCACACCUCCACUAGCUCAGCUCCCAGGGCUCUCCAGGCAUCAGGGGGGCUGCUCUAUCCUCCCAGCACCCUCUCAUCACCCCUUGUUGGUGCUCACCUCACUGUCUGAGACCGGGGAACAUCCAGGGGACAUCUAGUGGACACUCACUCAGCCUCACCCAGGACCUGGGACUUCAGCUCCAGCUCAUCUCUCUAAAACCGGCUCCUCCUCAAAGGCCUUCUGAGCCUGCAUCGUGACCCACCCUUCCCGUGUCUGUCUGACUGAGAGAGAGAGGUAACUGUCUCUCUUUCUUUCAUUCGAUCUCAGGAACACCAGGGCUUUCAAUCUCAGGUCUCAUCUCCCAUGCACUGUAUCUGCACAGAGUCUAGAAGACAGGAGAACACCCCAAAGAAACAGACCGGAUGAUUUCAAUUUGUCCUAUGGAUAUCUUCAAAAGAGAUAAGACACAGCUGUGAGAUAGUGUGUCUGUGUGAAUUUCUGAUAAUCUAGUGUGACAGUGAAUGGACACAGACCACGCUGUAUUAGCAGUGUGUUAGAGAAAGAACACACACUCUGGGGAAGCCUUUUCUUGUGGCAUUUGAUGUGCAGGUGUGUGUGUGAUAUGUCAGGUGUGUUAAUUCAUUACAGUUGUUAGGCAUUGAAUGUGCAUUUGAGACGUGAGUGAGGCCUCAAGUGUGCAAGUGUGCGAGAGGCGUCGGUUGUGUGCGUGUGUGUGUGUGUGAGGAGUCAGUCAGGUCUGUGUGUGUGUGAGACAACGACCGUGGAGGCCGUAGCCCUGGAUUUCUCUGAGAUGGAGGGUCAAGGCUACGACAGGUUUGGUGAAGGUGAGCGUGACACCUACCAGAUCGACUACCGCCGUAUAGUUGGUGAUACCGAGCCCGCUAGGCCGCGCCUCUUGCCCCGCGAAGGGGAACACACACACCCCAAUGCCAACCCCCAUGGAGCCUACACACACACCAACCCUCACGGCCACGGCCACGAGACGGCAGCGCAGAGAUACAGCGCCACACGCAUCCAAGCCGGAUACGAACCUGAGAGCAUGGCUGACUAUCUGAUCAGUGGAGGGACAGGGUACGUGCCUGAAGAUGGACUGACGGCUCAGCAGCUCUUCUCUAUCGGGGACGGACUCACAUACAAUGAUUUCCUGAUUCUUCCUGGUUUCAUAGACUUUAUCUCUGAUGAAGUGGACCUGACUUCAGCUCUGACCAGGAAGAUCACCCUGAAGACUCCUCUAAUCUCGUCUCCCAUGGAUACAGUCACUGAGUCUUCCAUGGCCAUCGCUAUGGCUCUCAUGGGCGGGAUCGGUAUCAUGCACCAUAACUGUACUCCAGAGUUCCAGGCCAACGAGGUCCGCUUGGUCAAGAAAUUUGAGCAGGGUUUCAUCACAGACCCAGUGGUGAUGAGUCCUCACCACAUGGUGGGAGACGUGUUCGAAGCCAAGGUCCGCCACGGCUUCUCUGGCAUCCCCGUCACAGAGACGGGAAAGAUGGGAAGCAAGCUGGUGGGUAUCGUCACCUCCCGAGACAUCGACUUCCUUUCCGAGAAAGACCAUGACAGACCCCUGGAAGAGGCCAUGACAAAGAGGGAAGAUUUAGUGGUUGCACCAGCUGGUGUCACACUGAAAGAAGCCAACGAUAUCCUGCAGCGCAGCAAGAAAGGUAAGCUGCCCAUAGUGAAUGACAGUGACGAGCUGGUGGCCAUCAUAGCGAGGACAGACCUGAAGAAGAACAGAGACUACCCUCUGGCCUCUAAAGACUCGAGGAAGCAGCUGCUGUGUGGAGCUGCCAUCGGAACCAGAGAGGAGGACAAAUACAGACUGGACCUGCUGAUGCAGGCUGGGGUCGAUAUGGUGGUGUUGGACUCCUCCCAGGGGAACUCUGUCUAUCAGAUCAACAUGAUCAACUACAUCAAACAGAAAUACCCUGAACUACAGGUGGUGGGAGGAAACGUGGUGACUGCAGCACAAGCUAAGAAUCUGAUCGAUGCGGGUGUGGAUGCUCUGAGAGUGGGGAUGGGCUGUGGCUCCAUCUGCAUCACCCAGGAAGUGAUGGCGUGUGGGCGUCCCCAGGGUACAUCAGUGUACAAGGUGGCAGAGUAUGCCAGGCGUUUCGGUGUGCCUGUCAUCGCAGACGGAGGCAUCCAGACUGUUGGACACGUGGUCAAAGCUCUCGCUCUCGGGGCAUCCACAGUGAUGAUGGGGUCAUUGCUCGCGGCUACCACGGAGGCCCCAGGGGAGUAUUUCUUUUCAGACGGCGUGCGACUAAAGAAGUAUCGUGGGAUGGGCUCCCUGGAUGCCAUGGAAAAGAACAGCAGUAGCCAGAAACGCUACUUCAGUGAGGGGGACAAGGUGAAGGUGGCUCAGGGUGUGUCAGGGUCGGUCCAGGAUAAAGGUUCCAUCCAUAGAUUUGCCCCAUACCUCAUCGCUGGCAUACAACAUGGCUGCCAAGACAUCGGAGCCAAGAGCCUCUGCAUACUGCGGUCCAUGAUGUACUCUGGGGAGCUGAAGUUUGAGAAAAGGACCAUGUCAGCUCAGGUUGAGGGGGGAGUACACGGGCUGCACUCAUAUUCCUUUGUGCCAUUUUUGAGAAGCGGCUAUACUGAGGGAGGAGCGAGAAGGUGCUCACGAGCAGCUCCCAGCGUACCUGCACCAGCAGCCACCAGGCACAACGGAUACAUGUGACCUACCUACAACCACUACUCAAUUCAACCAUCACAUAACCUUUUGGCUAUACAUGAGAAGACCGCUGACUCCUCUCUUCUCCCCCCACCCACUAUCUCUCUCUUUCUCUGUGUUGUGUAAGAUGCUUUUGAGGGACCAUAGUCACCUCUGACUUGAUUGAUGGCAUGACAUAAUCCACAGGGACUAGGGACUAACGUUCAAUGGUCACAUGUACCUGGGUCAUGGCUCAAAGCCAUCAGGCUGCAUAAGGUAUGUAGCGCAUGUUGAACUGUGACUACUGUGUACUACUUUACGUACCCUGGAGCUCUUUAUACCAGUUUUGGUUGAUCAUGGUCUAUGUCUCAGAUGUAUUUGAAUGUACAGUAGUGUUGAUGACUGUGUGGAAUAGCCUAGAGGUCUGUUAGUGUGGCUCUACUGCAGAGAGGACCAAAGCUAUGAUAAGCGUUAGCCUUAAAUCAGGGAUAACCACAGCGCCUUAAGACUGCACAUGGAGUCUAUACUGUGGAUAGUGCUGUAAUCAGGUUCUCACUGGAUUCUCAUCAGUAAAAAAAAAAAAAGCGGAGGUAAAUGAAAUAGAUAACCACAUAUUGUUUUGUCUUUGUGUGAAGUUCACCACUAAGAUUUGUGAUGUGUUUUCUUUCAUGUUAUGUGUGUGUUGUCUGAUGACAGGAUGAUUGUACAGGGAGACAGUGACUUUGGCCUAGUCUGUAGUGUUAAUAAUAUGAUGGAUUUGAGAAAAGGAAUAUAGAGUGCAUUCGGAAAGUAUUCAGUCCCCUUCACUUUUUCCACAUUUUGUAACAUUACAGCC